AUGGCGCUCGCAAACCCUGAGGAACCGCUGGAAGGCUUUGACGCAGAUGGCCGGCCUGAGUCCGCUGAUGUAGCGCGACAAGCCAUUGAUCGGAUCAGAUCAGAUCGUGGACAUAUUAGUGAUGUGGACGAACUGGAACUGACCAAGAAUAGCGUCAGGUGGCGGGAAACUUACCGAAAGCGACAGGAGAAAUAUCGUCGGGUGUAUGCUCGAUACACCAAGACAGUCGCCGAACAGCUAUACUCCUCGCGCUUUCGAUUUAUCCACGAGAUCAUCCAAAAUGCCGACGAUGCGAAAUUUGAACCUAGAGUGGUGCCUUCGAUCAAGUUCCGGAUCCAGGCUACAGAGCUGAUCAUUGAAUUGAACGAACGCGGCUUCACUCUCGAUAACGUUGAUGCCAUCUGCGACACCGGUAAGAGGUCUAAAGCCGGUGAUGCUGAGACCACUGGUGAGAAAGGACUUGGAUUCAAAUCUGUUUUCGCCGUUGCACAGACGGUCCGUAUUCGUUCAGGGCAUUGGUCGUUUCGUUUUGAGCAUCACAGGGGUCAGGAUGGCGUCGGAAUGAUUACACCUAUCUGGACACCAUUCGAGAAUGAGAGCGAGGGACUCCAUGGACGAAAUGGAACCCGAUACAGCCUCACUUACGCAGACACACGCGAGCCAUUUGUCAAACUCCUGAUCGCAGAGUUCGAGAAGCUCCCCAAGACCAUCGUAUACGCCUUACGCCAGCUCGAGCGGCUGGAAAUUGUGAUCGAAGAUGUCGCUGGCCGCAACGAUUUUCUCGUGCUCACCCGAUCAGGACGACUAAACGACGAAGUGAUCCAGAUCAAGAGCAGCCUCAGCGGAAGUUUCGGCGAACACCUUUCGCACGUCGCCGUUUUCCAAAACUUUCGGAAGACGAUCUCAAACCUGCCCACGGAUGAAUUGCGCCCUUGCGGCCAGUCCGAUAUCAACAUUGCCUUCGAAACCGACCGCGAUGGAAAGCCUGUAAUUCCUGCAAGAGGCCAGCACGUGUUCGCUUACUUGCCUGUUCAGCGGCUGCUGCAGCUUCCAUUCAUGAUCCAAGCAAACUUUGUGCUCGCAGCUAGUCGAGAAGCAGUCCCGGACAGCGAGUGGAAUCGAGCACUACUUACCGGCGUGUCCAAGCUCUAUGUCGAAGCCAUACAGCGCUUCUGUGCUACUCGACACCGUCUUGCAUUUGAGUGGAUGCAGUACUGGCCCCAUCAGAACAUGGAAGGCAUUUGGGACUGUCUCAGGCCUGAAAUGCAAAACGUGCUGGUCUCGGCGCCCGUGUUAUACACUCGCAGCAAUCGCCUGGCAUCCAUUGCGCAUUUGAGAUCCUUGCCCGAGUGGUUCCUCCAUGACGGCAGCCCCUUAGUGCCGGACACGGUUGCAGACGUGUACCUUGCGAAAGAUUACACAAAGGCAGCCGUCAAAACCUUGCAUUCGCUAGGACUAGUGCAAUUGAGCUACGACAUGAUCCUCGAACGUAUCAAAGCUGCUCUGGUCUCAAUGCAGCAGAAACCACUGGACGAUGCCUGGCAUGAUACGUUUGUUGAAGUCGUGAGAACACUAAGGCAGGGGCGGAUGUGCAAAUUGUCCGUUGACGCGAUGGACAUCAUUCCGCUCGAGGAUAACAGCUGGGUGGCCCCGAACUCCAUCACUCAGAAUAGGGUAUAUCUGCCACUCGUCGUCGACGAAGACGCUGUCAAGAUUCGACUUCCCAAAGGCCUCAAAUUCCGGAUUCUCCACCCUACCGCAGCAGCUGUUGGGGAACGAUUGACCUUUUACAAUAUGCUUGGAGUGUGUUCCUGCGAUCCCAAGAUUGCAUGCGGAAAGAUCAUCGACGCGCACAAUAAUGCUUCGAGGUCUGGCUGGCUAUCUGAUUGGCUGGGCGAUUUUGAGAUUUUAUUCUGGUUUGGGGAGCGUUUCGAGUAUCCGGUCCCCUCUUGGUCCGCCGCACACUCCUCGUACAAUUUGUUCGCGUACUGUUCUGACAACAAAGUUCGCAGGACUCGUCAGGUCCUCAUGCCGUCCGACAAGACCGGCGACGCCCAAAAUCUUCUCGCACGAACCUCGAAAGCUGACUAUGAGCAUCAAUAUGGGUUUCUCGACGGCGGUUAUAUGCUGUCACGCGUACGUGAUCAGAUCAGGCACCGUUGCGACUGGCAGUCGUGGCUGCGCCAAUGUGGGAUCAGGGCUUAUCCAACCCUUCUGGAUCUAGGGACAGAUGGCACCCUCAACAUGCUGCUGAAAUUUGCAGCCCGCGAUCAAAGUGAGGUAUUUCUUGAGAGUCUGAAAGAGCAUUGGCUGGACGACUAUCGCUUCGAGUAUCGCAAGGUUCUGCCACAGCUUCAGCAGCUUGCAGUCCAGUGCCAGAACGGCACAAGCUCGCCACUCAAGGACGGUGUCCUUCCGACCAAAGAACUCGUCCAAGUUGCCUCGUCGCUUGGAUUGUCUGACAGAAUGUCAUUCCUGAAAAUGUCUCAGCAAUCACAGGAUCCCAAUCCGUUGGACUGGGGAUGCCUGCAUGACAUCGGUGUGACCUGUAAACUCACAGAUGAGUUCUAUCUGAUUGCCCUACGACUACUGAGUGAUGGCAAUCUCCCCGGGGGGUUCGAUAUCACUGGGACGGCAACAACCAUAUAUGGAGGCAUUGGAGCUUCAGUCACGUUGGGAGAUAGUGCUAGGCUACAGGUGAGUCUAGCACGAAGAUCGUAUGCACAGCUAACCGAAGACAGCAACACUUCGCGAAGAGUCGUCUCGUGUACAACGGGUCAUCGUGGCAAACUCUUGAGAGGUGCGUCUGGGACGGAAUUGCCAUAUUUGUCUACACUGCAUAUGCUGGCCCCCAUAUACGGGCAGAAUGCAGGUGCAGCCGGAUUCUUCAAAACAAUUCUGAAGCUGCGGGAUGUGUCAUGUGACGAUCUGCUGCUAGAACUCUUGUCUCUGUCGCAGGCUACAGUAACCGAUCAGCAAGGUCUCUUGACUUCUCUGAAAAGAAUCUACAGCAAGCUUUCAGAUAUGAUGCAGCAGAACAAGGAAGCUAUGAGAAUCAUCAAGAAUGGGUUUGAUACACACCCUCGGAUCUGCGUCCGAGACCGUUGGUACAAAACGUCCGAAUGUUUGUGGAACUCGCCUGUCGACCUUCCCGGGAAGACCCCAUUGGAUGGCCUCUACCCGACGUUGAAGGACUUCUUUGUUGACGGUCUGAAAGUCCCGAUCAUGACACCAACAGUACUAGUCAAGCAGCUGAUAGAACUGGCCGAAGCUCAGAGGCCCGAUUCGAAUGUCGGCAAACGGCUCACUACAGCUUUGGGCCAAGUUCUGGGACGUGACGCAAGCACAAAGAUAGAUGCCACGACUUGGGACAAGUUGAAGCAAUCUGCAUUCUUAGCUGUACAUGUGCCGGGCCACGGAACGUGCUUGAAGUCGAUCAAGGACGAGUUCUGUAUCAAUGACCAUAAGAGAUAUGGUGAAGCUUUUCGCGAAAAAGCGAGAAUUCUCGACUUCGAAUACGAGGACAUGGGCUACAUCCAUCCACUACUACAGAAACUUGGCUUGACCAAGCGCUACUUGUCAACGGCUGUUCGCUUGGACACCAAGUUCAAUGGAGCUACCCUGAACGAUGACUUGACCAGACAGAUGAGAAGCCUAGCUUAUGCACUAUCAUGUUGCGCAAUCGCCCGCGACAGCCACAAGUAUUUCAAUCGGGAAACCGAAGUGCAUAAGUCGCUCCUCAAGGCUGAAGUGUGUGUUUGCUCAGAAAUCUACACGGAGCUGUCCCUUACACAAUCCGCCGGUGAGAUCACAGUGCGAAGCGACCGAGCUGUGGUAGAGUGCAAGAUCUCCAGUGGCGGUCUAUCGCUCUAUGUUCCUAGCGAUAGGAACGGCCUGCAGUCAUGCUAUGAGACAGAGAUGCCAGGGAAGAUUGCAAAUGAAGUGCUUGGCAUUGAAGACAGAGGAGCCUCCAAAAUAGUGUUACGCUUACUGAACGACCCGAGCAGAGACAUCGACGACAUCAUGCGCGAUGAGGACAUCCCUGACAUCGCUUGGAUCGAAAAGCCCUCAUCCCUUGUGCGGAGGCCGCUGACAGAGCGAACCCUUCCCACGACCACGAUCACGACGAGUCAGAGCAUGGUCGAGCCCGCCACUGGCACGAUGGUUGAGCAGCUCCCGUUCACGACUGCCAUCACCACCCAAACGGCUGUUGCGGUGAGGGAGACCACGACUUCAGCACAGGCGCCGCGAAGGCCAGUUGUGCUCGCCCAACCCAUGCCUAUCGUCACGAAUCUGGAAGUGGAAGCGCCUUGGCGUAGAGUUGCUCGAUCGGAGCAAUACAGGAAGAUUCUGGAAGAAGUCACGCGACAGGCUCGACGUCUUCCUCGCGACUCAGGAGCGGACCUAGGAAUCGGCGCCAUCAAUGAAGCUCUCGAGGACUUGAGCCUCUUUAUCGGCCAAUCUACAUUCGAGAACAACGCCCGAAUCGGUGCUGCUGGGGAGCUCUUCGUGUACGAGCGCCUCCGUAGCCUGAACAUCCAGAACUUUACCAUCGACAACUGGCAAAGCAGAAUCCGGCACCAUAUCAGAGACCACCCUGACUACCGGGACCUGGCUCCUUGGACAGGGCAAGAGGUCUCUGAUCUAAUGUAUACCGGCAACAGUUUUCAGCUCACGACCUUCCUCGUCAAAGCAUCCCAACCGCACGCCCAUCCUAAAUUCCUCAGUCAAUUUCUCGCAAGACCAGUCAAGUUCCAUCUGGAAGUCAAGACCACGCUCGGGCCAUGUACCACGCCUUUCUUCAUGAGCCAGAAUCAAUACCGUCUCAUGCGCGAAAAGGCAUGCGACCAAGAGUCCUGGGACACGCCAGAAGAGCUGUAUGUUGUGCUGAGGGUGUACAAUCUGCUCAGUAAGCAGAUUGGUGUCAGGGCGUAUGUCAAUCCGUGGCACUUGAAAGAUGGCGUCCUGGAGUUCGUCGCCGAUCCUUACAAGGUGUGCCCGCGACCGGAUGAGGACAUCGAUGGCCGUUUGAGGAUUCUCUAG